AUGGCUCAACUUACUACCCAGAGCCCCAUGAAGCUGAUGGCCCUGCAGCUGCUGCUGUGGCAUAGUGCACUCUGGACGGGGCAAGAGGCUGCGCUCCUGGUUCCUGCCAGCUCCCUGACACCACCCCUGUCCCGGAGCUUCCUGCUCAAGUCCUUAGAGCAAGUGAGAAAGAUCCAGGCCAAAGGCUCUGCCCUGCAGGAGCAGCUGGUAAGUGAGAGGUUGUGGUGGUGUGACCUCUACAAGCUGUGCCACCCUGAGGAGCUGGCACUGCUUGGCCACUCUUUGGGCAUCCCGCGGGCUCCCCUGAGCAGCUGCUCCCAGCAGGCCCUGCAGCUGACAGGCUGCCUAAGCCAACUCCAGGACGGACUCCUCCUGUACCAGGGCCUCCUCCAGGCCCUAGUGGGGAUUUCCCCUGAGCUGGCUCCCGCCCUGGACAUGUUGCAGAUGGAUGUCUCCAACUUUGCCACCACUGUUCAGCAGCAGAUGGAAGACCUGGGGGUGACCCCUGUCCUGCAGCCCACCCAGGGCACCAUGCCAACCUUCACCUCUGCCUUCCAGCGCCGGGCCGGAGGUGUCCUGGCCGCCUCCUACCUGCAGAGCUUCCUGGAGCAGGCCUACCGAGCUCUACGCUACCUCACCCAGCCCUGA